AGGGUCCUUUUUUUUUAAACUCCACCUCAAGCUCUUUCAACACAAGUAUUGACAGCCAAAAGCCCAAAAUUAGGCAAUCGCGCCGCCCUCCCAAACUUCUAAUCUUCGUCCGUCACCCACCGCAGAACCGGCAGUCAAUAGUCUGCUCGAGCGAGCAAAAAUGGCAGAUGCGUCGUCGGACGAGGCCAACGACAUCGAGAAGCUCUAUGAGUAUGGCGAACGCCUCAACGAGGCCAAAGACAAGUCCCAGCAUGUCGGUGACUACGAGAGCAUACUCACGACGGCUAAAAGCAGCAGCGUCAAGGCGAGGCAAUUGGCUGCGCAGCUCAUCCCUCGAUUCUUCAAGUUCUUCCCCAGUUUGUCUAUAGCCGCUGUGGAUGCCCAUCUCGAUUUGUGUGAAGCCGAAGAGCUUGGGAUCCGAGUGCAAGCCAUUCGUGGACUUCCGCUUUUCUGCAAGGAUACACCAGAAAAUCUCUCCAAAAUAGUUGACAUACUUGCUCAGCUUCUUACAGCUGAAGAAAAUGUGGAACGUGAUGCAGUGCAUAAAGCUCUUUUAUCCUUGUUGAGGCAGGAUGUGAAAGCUUCAUUGACAGCUCUCUUUAAGCACAUAGAGAGCAUUGACGAGCAGAUGACUGAUGAAAAUCUUCGUGAGAGAACUUUAAUAUUUAUUAGAGACAAGGUUUUUCCGAUUAAAAAUGAGCUCUUGAAGCCGUUAGAACAAAUGGAAAGACAUAUAACUGAUUUGAUAAAAAAGAGUUUGCAAGACGUGACAGGAGCUGAAUUUAAGAUGUUUAUGGAUUUUCUGAAAAGUUUGAACAUUUUUGGAGAGAAAGCGCCCAAGGAGCGUGUGCAAGAACUUAUAGAGAUAAUUGAAGGUCAAGCUGAUCUCGAUGCACAGUUCAAUGUUGAGGAUGGGGAUCACAUUGAUCGGUUAAUAUCAUGCUUGUACAUGGCCAUUCCAUUUUUUGAGAGGGGUGCAUCAAAUAGCAAAUUCCUCAACUAUCUGAACAAGCAUAUUUUCCCUGUUUUUGACAAGCUUCCCGAGGAUCGGAAAUUGGAUCUGCUCAAAAACAUUGCAGAGAGUUCACCAUACACAGCACCUCAGGAUUCAAGACUUGUCCUUCCCUCUGUAGUCCAGCUCUUAAAGAAAUAUAUGCCUCGAAGAAAAUCCGGGGAAGAGAUGAACUUCACAUAUGUUGAAUGCUUGCUUUACACUUUUACCAAUCUAGCUCGCAAGGCUCCAAAUGCCACUAAUAGCUUGUGUGGUUACAAGAUAGUCACUGGACAACCAUCAGACAGGCUUGGGGAAGACUUCUCUGACUGCUACAAAGACUUCACAGAGCGGUUAAAGUGUGUAGAAGAACUAGCAAGGGCAACCAUAAAGAAAUUGACUCAGGGACUAGCUGAACACAACAAAGAAAUAGCUGCAGCAAAAACAGAUGAAGAAAAAGCUAAGAUUAAAAAUCAAAAGCAGAAUGCUACAGCGGGAAUGAGAACGUGCAAUAACAUAUUUGUUAUGACACAGCCUCUACAUUCGAAGUCACCUACAUUUAUCGUAGACAAAAAGAUCAACCUCUCCUGGAAGGAAAUCCCGAAAUCUGCGGCACCAUCAACUGCUAAUGCAGCUGGAGCAAAGCGAUCAAUCGGUGCUGUAAAUAAUUCUGGCAAUAUGGGUCUAAAAAAGGGCCGUGGAGCAGGCAAUCCCAACCAGCUGGUGAAUAGGGCUUUUGACGGUCUGGGAUAUGGCGGUGGUCAUGGUGGUGGUGGAAGGGGAAGAGGCCGGGGAUGGGGUCUACGCGGUAGGGGAAGGGGAUAUCACUAAUAGUUUCUCCUCUCAGAUGGAUCACUAAGCAUUGAAUCUCUGCACUCAGAAAGUUGACUGGAGGACCCGAACAAUGCCCGUAGAAGCAAAGAAAGAUGAAGUCGCAUCGCCAUAUUUUCCCACCCACACUAAAUGCUUGAGUAGUUGAAUACCCAGAUUAUGUCUGUUUGGGAAGUUUUUUUUAUAUAAAAAAAUAUUUAUUUACCAGAAAGAUUAGCUGGAGGCAUUCCUAUCAGAUGAUAUUGUAACUCUUCAUCAUAUCAGUAGUGACUUUGCAUCCCCACUCUUUUGUUGUGCGCUUAGAGGCUAACAUGAAACUGAUUAUCUUGGCCUAAAUUUGAUUAAUCUCAGCUCCCUGCUUCUUUGGAACUACUUAAUCUGUUGUUGGGUUAUGCUUGUGGUUUA